GCAUGGCCCCCCCAUCUCCCCGCCCUCCCUCCCCGGGCUGGCUGGGUGGGGGCCGUGGCCCUGGGUUGGCGCCCGCGCGGUUUCUCCGCCCGUCUGCGUGGCUGUCGCGCGCCUGGUGGGGCUUGCGUGCUGCUGGAUGUGGUAGGGCAUGCUCGGGUUGGGGGUUCCGGUGCCGGGAUUGGCGAUGCGGCGGCGUAGGGUUGAUCGCCAACGGGCUUACACUCAUAAGAGAUUCACACGAUUACUGGGUUCGAGAUCACAGAACUGAUUUGUGUACACUCUACCCCUUUCAAUCACUUAACUUAUAGUCUUAUAGACACCCCCAGCCCCAUUCUCCUCUUUCACUGGCCAAUAGGCCCCCACAUGGUGUAAACCGGAAAUACAUCUCGCUGACGAUAGCACCAGCAUAUUAGUAACUAGUUUAGAUGUUCAAUGUAUUUCUUGUUGUUGUUUGCGUAUGUGUUUCUUUUCUUUCUUCUCUUGUAUUUCUUUUCUUCUGUCCCCCCAUAAUCCCUUCCUGUUCGCUGCUUUGUCAUAAUAAAAAGGUAUUUUGAAUGAUCACAAUGGGAGUAUGUCAGACUCUCAAUGUGAAACAUUAAAACUGUUCAGAAUCCGGGCACUUAGACUUCCAUUCUCUGUGUCAAACAGCUGAACAGGACAGGUUUCAAAAAAAAAAAAAUAAUAAAAAAAUAAAUAAAUUAAGAAUUAACUCAAAACACCUGCGAAAGAUUCCUGAGGCUUUUAAAUAAAACUCCCAGCCUGGUUCAUUACUCAAAACCGGAAUCACGGGCAAGACUGCCGACCUGACUGCUGUCCAGAAAGCCAUCACUGACACCCUCAAGCAAGAGGCUAAGACACAGAAAGAAAUUUCUGAGCGAAUAGGCUGUUUCCAGAGUGCUGUAUCAAGGCACCUCAGUUGGAAGGAAAAACUGUGGCAGGAAACGCUGCACAACCAGAAGAGGUGACUGCACCCUGAGAAAGAUUGUGGAGAAGGGCCGAUUCCAGACCUUGGGGGAUCUGCAGAAACCUAGAAAUGGGCUACAGGUGUCGAAUUCCCCAGGUCAAGCCAGUUUUGAACCUGAAACAGCGGCAGAAGCGCCUGACUUAGGCUACAGAGAAGCAGCACUGGACUGUUGCUCAGUGACCCAAAGUACUUUUUUCAGAUGAAAGCAAAUUUUGCAUGUCAUUCGGAAAUCAAGGUGCCAGAGUUUGGAGGAACACUGGGAAAUGCCAAAAUGCCGGAAUUCCAGUGUCAAGUACCCACAGUCACUGGUGGUUUGGGGUACCAUGUCAGCUGUUGGUGUUGGUCUACUGUGUUUUAUCAAGGGCAGGGUCAAUGCAGCUAGCUAUCAGGAGAUUUUGGAGCACUUCAUGCUUCCAUCUGCUGAAAAGCUUUAUGGAGAUGAAGAUCUCAUUUUUCAGCACGACCUGGCACCUGCUCACAGUGCCAAAACCAGUGGUAAAUGGUUUACUGACCAUGGCAUUACUGUGGUCAUUUGGCCUGCCAACUCUCCUGACCUGAACCACAUAGAGAAUCUGUGGGAUAUUGUGAAGAGAAAGUUGAGAGACACCAGACCCAACACCGUGGAUGAAUUUAAGGCUGCUAUCGAAGCAUCCUGGGCCUCCAUAACACCUCAGCAGUGCCACAGGCUGAUUGCUUCCGUGCCACGCCGCAUUGAAGCAGUCAUUUCUGCAAAAGGAUUCCCGACCAAGUAUUGAGUGCAUAGCUGAUAUAAUUAAUUGAAGGUUGACUUUUUUGUAUUAAAAAUACUUUUUUGUAUUGGUCGGAUGAAAUAUGCUAAUUUUUGGAGAUAGGGAUUUUUGUUUUUUCUUGACUUUUUUUUUUAUUUUUAUUUUUUUGGCCAAAAUCAUCAAUAUUAAAACAAUAAAAGGCUUGAACUACUUCAGUUGUGUGUAAUAAAUCUAAAAUAUAUGAAGGUCUAAUAUUUUUCAGUACAUUACAGAAAAUAAUGAACUUUAUCACAAUAUACAAUUUUUUUGAGAAGGACUAGUAUUUGGUAUUUAUGACAAAAAUCUUGAUGGAGCAACCAUUUCCCAUUGUCAUCCAACAAGUGAGCAACAGCCCAUACACCUUUUAUGAGCCCGUGAGUGUUUUACCGCCAUUGGCGGCACUGGACGUCCACCCCCACCCCUGGUCAAAUUGGAUUGGACGUUCAUCACCGUCAGUGGUAUUGAAAUGUGAUCACUCGAUGCCAGCCAUGUCAAGUGAAAUGAAUUUGUCAGUCACUGUCAAUGGCAGUGAAUGGGUUAAAGGCGGAGCCUGAGCUCAAGUGUGCUUUCAAAUACAAAGUCAUUACCCUUUGGACUUCUAAUGACUGAUAACCGAGACGCCCAUGAUUGAUCGGCUACCAAUAAUGUAAGCCUUCUCAAGACGUUCAAUGUGGUAAACACAUGUAGUGUACAUGGCGCAAACUACAGAAUUCUUCCCAGCCAUGUCAUAUAAAUCAUGGAUUGAGGAAACCUUCUCCAGGAGAGAAUGUAUAAAGUUUAUCCCCUCUUCCAGAGAUUUACACAGAUGCAGUCCAUUAUGUCAAGUAUGUCAAAACUUGAUCAGGUGCUGCUGUGGUCGUCUAAUGGUGGAACACUCUUGGCAAGAGGCACCUCCACACAUGGUCAUUUUUCCUGGUCCUGAACAAGAUUUGGAAGAGGAAUGGUCCUUGGAGCUACACACUAGCGACAGUCCAACCGACGCCUAUGGGACUAUAGACUUUCAGGACAGUGCAACACGCGUCUGUCGGGCCAAGUUCGUGCGUGUGGCUCUUGACUCAAAGCCAGAGGCACUUCUCCAGCUGAUGCUGAGGGAAUGGCAAAUGGAUAGACCCAAGCUCUUACUUACUGUCCAUGGAGGAUCUGAGAACUUCACCCUUUCGCCCAAAGUCAAACAAGCCUUUAGUAAAGGCCUGAUCACUGCAGCCCGCAGCACAGGUGCAUGGAUUCUUACUGAUGGUAUUAAUACUGGGGUGUCCAAGUAUGUGGGUGAGGCAGUGAAAACAUAUGGUGGUCACAACCUGAGAAAGAGGAAUACCAUAGGAAUCACACCGUGGGGCGUGAUCGACAACAACACGGACUUUAUAGGAAGAGAUAUCUUCAGGCCUUACCAGCCACUUGGGAACCCUUUGAGCAAGAGAGCCUAUCUUAACGGUUUCCACUCCCACUUUCUCCUGGUAGAUGAUGGAACACUAGGAAAAUUGGGUUGCCAAGAAGGCCUAAGGAAGAAACUGGAGAAACACAUUCAACUGCUAAAAAUUCACCCCCGACUGAACCAAAAAGUGCCAAUGGUGUGUGUGAUAGUAGAAGGAGGCCCUGCCAUUGUGUCCACAGUGCUGGACUAUGUCAGCAAUAACCCACCUGUACCGGUCAUUGUGUUUGAGGGAUCUGGAAGGGCUGCAGACCUGUUUGCCUUUUUAUAUAAACACACGGGUAUUGACAGACAGUUAGAUGCAGACAUUAAGCAGGACUUCCUUAUAAGGAUUGGAGAUAUGUUUGGCGUUGAUAGAGAGGAAGCAUCUCACCUUUGCAAUCUCCUCCUGGAAUGUAUGGAUCACAGAAAAUCUAUAACCAUUUUUGAUUCAGAGUCAGAUGACCAGAUGGCUCCAGAUGCCACCAUUUUAACCGCCAUUCUCAAGGGCACAAAGGCAAGUGCUGCAGAGCAGCUGAGUAUGACUUUAGCAUGGGACAGGGCUGACAUUGCACAGAAAAACGUUCUGGUGUAUGGGCAACAGUGGCAGGUGGGUUCAUUGGAACAGGCAAUGCUGGAUGCUUUGGUGAUGGAUCGUGUGAGUUUUGUCAAACUGCUUAUUGAAAACGGAAUGACUAUGAGUCACUUCCUCACCGUGGAUCGCCUGGAGGAACUUUAUAAUACGCCUCUCGUGCAAACUGACCAUUUUCUUCAUCACCUUGUUGAAGAUGUAAAAAAGACCUCCCUACCGCUGGCCUACCGGUUGUCUCUCAUUGACAUAGGCUUGGUCAUUGAAUACCUCAUAGGAGGAGCAUACCGGAGUACCUACACCCGUAAACAUUUCAGAACAGCCUACAACAGACUGCAGAACAAGGAAAGUAGACGUGUCAGUACCUCGUCUUUGUCCAGACAAAAAAAGGGAAUGAAACCAAACUCUCAAAGGAGUGGAAGUCCCCAAGAACCCCAUUUCUUUAGAACAGCUCAGCCUUACAAAUGCAAGGACCAGCAUGUACCAGACGGUACACGUGAAAAGGGUGUAUGGCCAUCCGGUCUAUGUGAAACACCAUUAGUUUUUUCUUUCAACUUUAAUGACGUCUUCGUGUGGGCUGUGCUCCAGCAACGCCAGCAGAUGGCAAUGUUCCUAUGGCAGCAUGGCGAAGAGGCGCUUGCUCGGGCCACAGUGGCCUGCAAGAUGUACCGCUCCAUGGCCUUUAAAGCACGGCAAAGCAGCACAGAUGACCACAUUGCAGAACGGUUCAAAGCAUAUUCACUGGAAUUUGGUCAGCUGGCAGAGAAUGUCUUAAACUGUGCAUUUCGUCAGAAUGAGAAGAUGGCAAUGAAGCUACUCACUUCUGAGAUGGAGGCAUGGAGCCACUUUACAAGCCUGCAAAUGGCAGUUUCUUCAUGCCACAGACCUUUUGUUUCGCACUCGUGCACACAGACUCUCCUUACUGAUCUAUGGACUGGGCCACUGAACAUGAGAAAAAACUCAUUUUUAAAGAUCAUUCUGAGCCUCCUUCUGCCUCCUGCCAUUUUGCUUCUGGAAUUCAAAAGUAAAGCCGAAAUGUGCCAUGUACCACAGUCAAAUGAGGCAAUUCUUUUUGGACGUGACACAGGAGCAACUCAUGACAAAACGGAUCACGUGGCUAACCAGGAUACAGAGCAUGGACUCCCAUCCCAGGACCGAUGUCUUGGUUCAGGAUCUAAAGGCCUUUUCUCAAUCACUUUGCAUAGUGUGUCCUGGAUCCGGAAAUUCUAUGAAUUUUAUACAGCCCCAGUUGUUAAAUUCUGGUUCCAUACAAUGUCAUACCUUGCUUUCUUGAUGUUAUUCUCAUACGCCAUUUUAGUUAAGAUGGAUGAUCAACCCAGUGAGCAGGAAUGGUUGGUCAUUUUGUAUGUAUUAACUACAGCAAUGGAGAAAACCAGAGAGGUGCUUAUGUCAGAACCAAGGAAGCUCAGGCAGAAGCUGAAGAUUUGGUUCUCUGAAUACUGGAACUUAUCGGACUUCAUUGCCAUCGUACUCUUCCUGUUUGGUUUGGUGCUGCGUUGGCAUGCUGACCCAUACCGCACAGCAGGACGGAUUGCCUACUGUCUGGACAUUAUAUUUUGGUUUGUCAGGGUGAUGGAUCUGCUGGCUGUCAACCAACACGCUGGUCCCUACCUUACAAUGAUCACCAAAAUGACCUCUAACAUGUUCUUUAUUGUGGUGAUGAUGGCAAUUGUACUGCUCAGUUUUGGGGUAUCCAGGAAGGCCAUCCUGUCACCAGAUGAAAAGCCAUCAUGGAGUUUAGCUCGUGAUGUUGUGUUCCAGCCUUACUGGAUGAUCUACGGAGAGGUCUACGCAUCAGAGAUAGAUCCUUGUGAUGAUGGCCGUCCGUGUGCUCCUGCUUCGUUCCUCACAGGAUUCCUUCAAGCUGUCUAUAUGUUUUUCCAAUACAUAAUCAUGGUCAACAUUCUCAUUGCAUUUUUUAACAACAUCUACUUUGAUAUGGCAUCAACUUCCAAUAAGUUGUGGAAGUACAACCGCUAUCGCUACAUAAUGACCUAUCUGGACAGACCAUGGCUUCCUCCACCCUUAAUUGUCCUGAGUCACAUAACUAUUGGUUUGAGAGCUAUUUACAAGCACCUUAAUGGAAUUUCUAAGGGAGAUGAAAGAAGCUCUGGACUUAAGCUCUAUUUAGGCGAUGAUGACAGAAAGAAACUCCAUGAAUUUGAAGAGAAAUGCGUCCAGGCCUACAUCUAUGAGAAAAAUCGAGAUCUCCUCAGCAGUCAAAUGAACAGGAUCAGAGUCACAGCUGAUAGAACAGAAGAGAUGUGCACGAUGGUUGGGGAAGUUUCUGAGAAAGUCACAGUCAUUCAGGACAGCCUUAUGAAGCUGGACUCUCAGCUUGGUCAACUUCAGGACUUGUCGGCGCUUGCUGUUGACACACUCACUCUGCUGUCUGCCUCUGAUAACCUGCAUCAAGAGGAAACUCGUCUUGCUCAAUCCCAACCGAUCAAAACAUCCCGACACGUCCUCCCUCAGAGCUGGAGUGUGCUCCACAGAGGUGGUGCAGAGUAUGAUGAGGCUAAUAGGAGACAAAUGAUGUGCAAACCUUGUAAAAGUACUCCACCUUCAUUAAUUAAAGGGUACACUCAUAGACAUGUGCCGCAGGAGUCCCACCUGGAAGUCAGAGGAAGCAGGGGGGACAGAGAAAGAUUGUCAGGGAAGGGUGAAAAAGAGUCGCUUGAUGCCCACCAUCCUAACGAGUUGUGUGUUGGUGUAUCUCGAACUGCAUCCCUCUCGACAAUUUUGCCCCUUCAUGGAGUUGGAAGCCAGUUUAGUGGUUUCAGCGAUCAGACAUCUUAUGAAUCACGUGGCCCAUCCAGCAGUGAGUCUCCUUUCUCUCACAAGUUUACGGACAGACUGGACUCACCACGUUAUAAACUGUGGAGCUGUGACCAACACCUUUACCCAAAUUGUGAGGAAAUUGACGUGGAAGAGGAAGAAGUCAGUGGAGACGAUGAAGAAAUAAAUCAGAAAGAGCUGACUCAUGAAAAUCUCUAUAAUUUAGAAGUAUUGAGACAUAGUGGUGAUAUUCUUCUUUCUGAUCCCACUAAGAUCUCUAAGGAUUUUGAAAAUUGUACCUGUUUGGAUGACCACCAACUCUCCGGUAAUUCCCAGAACAGACCUUGUGCAAAAUCUCCAAGGUCAUCCUAUUUGUCAAGAGACUACCCUUAUGGCUACUGCAGAUCUUUGUCAUCCAGUGUGGAGAAUAUGACUUUCUCUGGUGCAUCCCUGAUUCCAAGAGGGGGGUCAUUUCCUUAUCUUAAUGAAGCAUUUAAAAAGCGUGGUGGUAAAAGAAGUUUGAGAGAUGACACAUUCUUACAGUGGAGCAAAAGCAGAGAGUGGUGUAAGUCAUUUGAGUUUACUCAAGUCUUGAACAGAAGAAGAAGAAACCCAAAUCGAAAGACGGUCAAAAUACAAGAAAGCUGCCAAGACGAUGGAACCAUGCACACAUUUCUGUCUGACGCUUGCUGGAAACGAUGGCAAAAGUUGAAAGGAGAACCUACAUGUUGGUCAGCUUCAGCUAGCCUCACCCAGCUUAAUUUUGAGCCCCUGGAUUUGCAGAAGCAAGUUUUUUCUCAUCAGGACGUCUUGAGUCCUACUCAUUCAGCAUGGAACAGCUGGGCGAGAUCAGUUAGCCGCACAUCUUCGUCGCAGAGUGUUAUUGCUGCUGAAGGGAGUUCAACAUUCCAGUCCACGGAUAUGUUGUAUCCACAUUAUUCAGCCAUGGAAAGAAACAACCUAAUGAGACUGGCUCACACCAUCCCAUUUACUCCAGUUUCCAUUCUAGGUGGUGAAGAGGUGAGCAUUUAUACACUGGAAGAAGCUCACUCAGAGACCGACCCUGAAGCAGAAAUAGUCUCUUCAUGGUCUUCCCGAGGCUUGUCAGCAAUAGUUCAGUUGCUGCCUAGUGAAGAGGGCUCUCUGGAAGGGGGUUUGCGGCAGGGGUUCAGGGUUCUCUGCACCUGGGCCGAACAGAAUGUCCUCACACCUGGGCAGGUGUAUGUGGUCAAAGCAUUCAGACCAGAGGUGGUGUCUGCUUGGCAGAAAUACUUUCAUGAUGACACAGCACUGCAGCUAUGUUUGAGGGAGAUCCAGCAGCAGAGGGCAGCAGACAGGAUGAUGCAAGUGUUUAACCAAAUCAAACCUGCCAGGAUUACACAUUCACCGAAAUUUCUGGAUGUAUCAUUGGUUCUUUGGCAUUCAAAUGGCCAAUGGCUUACUAUUGAAAGGAACAUGUCUGGUAACUUCCGCAAGUACAACAACAACACAGGAGAGGAAAUCACACCUUCCUGUUCACUGGAAGAGUUACUGCUUUCGUUUUCACAUUGGACCUAUGAGUACUCAUCCAGGGAACUUCUGGUGCUUGAUGUACAAGGUGUCGGUGAGGAGCUGACCGAUCCGACAGUCAUUAUGGCUGAAGUGCACAGUGGCAGCAUGGGUGAGAUGGCAUUUGGUCCUGACAACCUUGGAGAUGCUGCCAUUACUGCUUUCCUGCAAAAACACACAUGCAGUGCUUGCUGCCGCAUGUUUGGCCUCUCAGCUUUAAGGAGGCAUCUGGACACAUGCAAGAACAGCAGUGAGCCAGGGACCACGCCGUGGGAAGCAGAACAAGAGGAUAAGGGGGGUACAUAGCAUACAAGCUAAAAGCAUCACGUUACCUUUGACCCAUUAAGUAGGCAAAAAAGGGCACUCCUACAUUGCGUAUCAUGCACACAGACAACUCUGAACUCAAAAUGAGCUAGGAGAAAAUAUACACACGCUAACAUUUAGUAAGAGAGAAAAGUUAGAAUUGUUGUCUGAGACAUUCAAAUGUAUCUAUUUCAAGUAUAGUACCUGCCAUAAAUGUGCUAUUAUAUUGUUUUUGUACUGAGGAAGGAUAAUCUUUGUGCUGCCUUUGGAACAAAUUGUUAUGUGAUAUCAUCAGACAUGAGUAGUUGCUCAGAUAAUGUUGUCGUGCAUGUGUGAGACAGAAACAUGAAGCAAAUUUUCACCCAUAAAAUUUAUUGUAUUUCUUUUUCUUCCCACAACAAAAUUUCUACAAAAGCGAUAAAAUAUAGAAUUUAACAAAAAUCACUUCAGACCUUCACAUUAUAUUUACACAUAUCAAAGGAGGACUCAGUAAAGGGCCCUGCAUAGCUCUAAACUUCAACCCAUUCUAAUCCGUAACAUGUGGGUGUCUGCGACGCAGUUAAAUGCAGAUUUAUACAUGCAUACACACACGCUCACAAUAUCAUUCUGAUGUGAAAAAAACUGUUUGCACAGAAGAGCUCAUGGAUUGAUAGUCAGAGCUCAGAGUCCUGAAGAGUCCUGUAUGACCAAAUGAAAAAAGCAUAAAAUGUAAAAACUGUUCGCAGUGUCAUCAAAUGCACAUUUUCCUUGAGUUUCCCCUUUUUAUGAUUGGUUUCUCACGUCAACUCAAGACAGUAAAGCAGCUACAGCCCACGUCCAAUCAUUCAUUUUCUCACUAGCUAUGGCACUUUGAAAACAGAAGAAAAGAUUUCCUUUUUAUAUAUAAUUUUUUUCAGUAUUUUGUUUUGUUAGUCCUGUGUAAAAGAGGUUCCGUAAUCCCAAAUACCAUUUUUAGGUACGAGUUACAGAU